UAUAUAUGUAUAUAUAUACACACACACACACAAUGCCAUCAUGCAUUAGACCAGUAUGAGACAAUACAUGAAUUUUUUCAGUGAUAAUUUUGUGGAUAAUCAUGAAGAAAGCAGCAUAACAUGGAGAAAUAAUCUGGACAAAUUUGUUCUGUUAACAAAGCAAUGUUGUUCCAAUGUCAACAGUGUGGUUGAGAGACAGCUGUUGUGCUUUCAGGAAGUGUCCUGGGUCUACUUCAGCCAAUCAUGUGUGACGUUCAGUGCCAAAGAAACACUUGCAAUUUCCUCGAACAAGUAUUUGCAUUUCGUGUGUGUGUGUGUUUGGGGUGAAUUGCAUUUUAUUUUAUUGAAUUUAGAAACCAGAAAACAACAUAUCCAAUCACUACUAACCAUUCUGCAUCUCAAUAUGAUGCUAUAGUAGCCAAUCUGAGGGAUAUUUUGGAUGAAAAUCUAUCACCUGAAAUGAUCUGUAAUGACACGUCUCAAUUCAUGUGUGCAGGUGUGUGCAUAAAAACACUUCUCUUUCUCGGUAAUCAGGAGAAUACGUGUUCACAAAGACACACUAGCAGUUCAGAGGCCACUUCAAACGAGGUUCUUGAAUUCAGAUGAGCUUGCUGGUGAAAGGAAACACACACACCCACAUGCACCACAUACACACACAUGCACCCACACUCGCACAUACACAAAAUUUGCAAUUGUGCUUUGUUCGAGUGCCAUGUGAUCAUUCCUUUCAUCGGUUACAUUUGUCCACUCCAUCCAAUCCUACUGGACUGUCAUAUGUGUCACAUGCACUAAAAUGAUGGACUGAGCAGCUGAAUUUGGAGCUGGAACAUUUUCUCAGUAUGACGGGUCCAGUGCAGGAUUCUCACAGACUGUCUGUGAAAACAUGGACAGAAGAGGAGAGUGACCGAGCUGACAGCACACUGAGCAGAGGACAGUCGGUGUGUGAUGACACUUCCUCAGAGCUGCAGAGAAUGGCGGCCAUUGACAGGAGAGAUAUUAAUUCCCAGAAUUCCUUUCGUGGGCGAGGGGCUCUGUCCAGGAUAGUCGGUAUGGUGAUGACUCUGAGAGAAUGGGCUCAGAAGAGUAUGACUGAGGAGAAUGAGCGACCAGAUUCCUUCCUGGAGCGUUUCAGACCCCCCCCCAACAUGGACGUUCAGGCGCCACCCAGCAGGUUCAGCCACAGCCACACAGGCUCGGAUACGGAAAAUGAAAUCAGACGCUCCAGACGGACGAGGAGGAAGUGUACUGUUGUUGUCUUGUCCCCAUCUGAUGAUGCAUACUACAACUGGCUGAUUGUGAUUGGUGCUGCAGUUUUCUAUAACUGGACGCUACUAGUUGUCAGAGCCUGUUUCGAUGAGCUCCAGAUGAGUAAUGUGCUGGUGUGGUUAGUGCUGGACUACGUCUGUGAUGGAGUCUACAUCCUGGAUAUUGCUGUUCGUCUCCACACAGGUUUCUUGGAUCAAGGCUUGAUGGUGAAAGAUGUGAGGCGUCUCAGAGAAACCUACAUUCGAACGUUACAGUGUCAACUGGACAUCUCCUCCAUCCUUCCUACUGACCUCCUAUACCUGACUGUUGGAAUCAGCUACACUCCGCUCCUUCGAUUCAAUAGGCUGCUGCGCCUGCCACGUCUGUUUGAGUUUUUUGAACGUACUGAAACACGAACGGGCUAUCCCAACGCUUUCCGCAUCUGUAAGCUGGUUCUGUACAUCCUGGUCAUCAUCCACUGGAAUGCUUGUGUUUAUUACAGUUUCUCCAAACUCCUGGGGCUCGGCUCUGACUCCUGGGUUUAUCCCAAUGCAUCUGAUCCAGAGUUUGGCUCCCUGACCCGAAGUUACAUUUACUGUCUGUAUUGGUCGACCCUGACGCUGACCACCAUUGGAGAAACACCUCCUCCUGUUAGAGAUGAGGAAUAUCUCUUCUUGAUAUUUGACUUUCUGGUUGGUGUCCUGAUUUUUGCCUCCAUUGUGGGUAAUGUUGGAUCCAUGAUCUCCAACAUGAACGCAACAAGAGCAACUUUUCAAACUCGUGUAGACACACUCAAACACUACAUGCACUUCAGACAUGUCAGCAAGGUGCUGGAGCAGCGUGUCAUUCGCUGGUUUGACUACCUCUGGACCAAUCAGAAGACAAUAGAUGAACAGGAAGUGCUCAGGAGCCUGCCCAAUAAACUGAGGGCAGAGAUUGCUAUUAAUGUUCACCUGGACACACUGAAGAAGGUACGUAUUUUCCAGGAUUGUGAGGCAGGUCUCCUUGUAGAAUUGGUGUUGAAACUUCGACCGCAAGUUUUCAGUCCUGGAGACUACAUCUGCCGAAAGGGAGACGUGGGUAAGGAGAUGUACAUAAUUAAAGAAGGCCACCUGGCAGUGGUGGGUGAGGAUGGAGUUACCCAGUUCGCUGUUCUGACUUCAGGAAGCUGCUUUGGAGAAAUCAGCAUCUUGAACAUCAGCGGCAGCAAGAUGGGAAACAGACGUACAGCUAAUAUUCGGAGUCUGGGAUACUCUGACCUGUUCUGUCUUUCCAAGCAAGACCUGAUGGAGGCGCUUCAGGAGUUUCCUCACGCCAGGGCCCAACUGGAGCAGAGGGGGCGGGACAUCCUGCAGAAGGAGGGGCUUCUGGAGGAAGUGAACGUGUCUGCUGGGGAGGAGCUGGAGGAGAAGGUGGAGAGACUAGAAACCAGUCUGGAUCGACUGCAGACAUGUUUGGCCCGUCUGCAGAGUGAGUUUAACUCCUCGCAGCUUCGCCUGAAACAGCGCCUCACAGUCCUGGAACACAGCAUCACCACAGCAGCCACAGGAAGCGGCUUCCUGUCAGACGUCGACGGCAAUGAGAGCAUUUCUGGAGGUGAUGGUGUGCGAAGUGAAAUCAUCCGGCUCUGAUGGACAUAAUCAUUUUUUUCUCCUUUAUUGGUUUUCCAACAAGUAUUUGAAACAAAUCCUUGUAAUAUGUCAAUGUGUUUCAUUUGGAAGCUUUCUAAAUGUCUGUUAAUGUCUCUGAAUUCUCUGUUUAAUACCACUUUUCAUAUUAAGUAUGUAAUUAAAAUUGCAAACAUACAAUAGAAUAGUAAGAACAAACAAUGCUGUGGUUAAACGAGAAGGUUAAUGCUCAAUAAAAAUGAAAGCAUUGGGCCAAAGAAACGAAAAUGUUCUCUGGUCUGAAUGGUUAUUUAGUCAAUUAUGUCUUUUCCCACCAGGUGGCACUAAGAUGCAUUAAAUCAUUGUAAACCUCACAACACAGAUCCAUUGGAUUGUUCUGUUUCUCUUUGGGAGUAUCUCAUGCUGCUUGAAUAUAACUCAUCCUCAUUCCCUUAAUGUCCCUCAUAACUACUAAACAUUUCCACAUCCAGCAUGUUUCUUUAGUUUAAAUGCGUAGUUCACCAUUUUGUGGAUGCCAAACUCCCUGAAUUCCAAACGGUACCAUUAAACACGUUUUCUUUCUUUUAAAAAUCAUCUGUAAAGGUCAUCUGUCAUGUCUGUCAAAUCUGUUUUUCUUUUUGUCCCCUAAUUUACAUGAAUAGCGAAAAGGACGGUUGUUCAUGUUGACUGAUAACUACUGAUGAUGAAACACCCUCUGUGUUAAUGAUCCCCAAUAAAACAACAGAAGCCCUUUUAUUACUUUUAGUUCAGAGUUAAAUCUGUUUCAGUCUCAUUAAAAAUUACAUUUAAUAAGAGAAUGAUGAAUUAUAGCUUGAAUGCAGGUUUUUUAUAAAUAAUGUGGGUUUGUGCUUGUAGGACCCUCAUAGUGUGGUAACUGUAUAACUGCAGUUAUGUCUGCAAGUGAUUUAUUGGGACCAAAGUCCAGCAUCACAUGACACAAAGAUAUCAGGAAGUGACUUUUAAGGAACGCCAGGAAAUUGUGAAUAUUCUCUGUGUUGAAAAGAGAUGGAGAGCAGCUCUGUGUUGCUGUGCCUGAUGCUAGGAGCCAGUGUGACAUCAGUGUCUGCUGCAGAGUAUCUGUAUGUGUUCACUGUAGCCGGGUAUCAUACAUAGCUUACUGCUAGCCCUCCACCAGCGUCCCUGGCUCCUGGGUGUCUAUGUCUUUGCUGUUGGACUUCCCGUCAUUCUCUUCAUAAGCUUCAUGUGGCCUGAUAAGAGGUUUGGGCCUCCUGAUCAACCAUAUUACUAUAAGAAAUCUGACGAUGCUCAACCAGAUGAUCCUGAGAUGUCACGGCCGAGUAAAUCAACCAAGAUCACAGGACCAGCUUCAAGACAAGACGCUCCACCGGCUCACAAGAGGAAGCAUAAGAAAACAGCCCAAUGAAAAACUAAAUACAUUAUGGUAUUUCCGCAGUGAGCCAAACAAAUAAAUUAUUUAAAAUCAAAAGUCAGGUUUCAGUAUUUUAGAAAACUGUAUAAUGGGUAAUUCUAUUAACACAUGCUCAUAUUACAAUAAAGUGGCAAAAAUUUGCAGGCCUGCAGAAAUAAAGGUUUUAAAUGCUGCAGUUAUCCUCAGAAACAGUCUGAAGUGAGAUUAUAAGAUAAUGUGCAUUAUUCAGCCUUUUGUCUGUGAAACUGGUGCUACCACCUGGUAGCUGUUGAUAGAAGCACUUAAAUCAGUCAUUUGGAUCUAAUAAAAACCUGAAUCUCACACAAAA